GUUCAGUCAAAUCAUUACUUCUUGUUUUUGACUUUCGAUGAAAACGAGGGUUGUUGUUUAGUCUUGGUUUUCAAAAAAACUGCGAGUCGAAGAUAGCGAUUUGAGAAGGAGUUAGCGAUGGAAACGAAUAUAUUUUCUUUCUAUGCACGGAGACCAGAUAAUAUUCUUCCUGCGACGAUAUAACACAUAAGAGAGAUUUGUUUCGCUUUUGUUGCGAAGAAAGCAUAUCUUUUAUUGCAGCAUGGUUUAGUAUCACAUUCAAAUAAGGAUGAAUUUUCAAAAAAUAUAAUCGUACAGCUUUUCUUGCGGACAGGAACGGAAAAAAAUUUAUAAAAACAAAGGAAUAAUUAGUAGUCCCUAAAACAUUUCCACCUCAAUUUAAGUAAAGAAAUGUAUUGUGACGCUGUACGGCCUCCAACCGAGCUAUCCAUUUUUACGGCAACGAUUUCGUCCAUCAUCACUCUUCUGUCAGUUAUCGGAAAUGGAAUCAUUAUAUUCGUGGUCAUACGAGAUCCGCUGCAGAACCUAAGAACUCCUUUUAACUUUUUUCUCGUAAAUCUGGCAUUUAGUGAUUUGAUAAUUGGCUUAAUAACAUCGCCAUUGUCUGUUUACGGGCAUGCGCGAGAGAGUGUUGGCAAGUUAAAUGAAGACAUCAAAAUUAUGUUUCAACUGCCAUAUUUUGUAUCGAUUACCGCAAGCAUUUUAAAUCUUGGAGUUUUAUGCGCAGACCGAUUCACUGCCAUAAUAUAUCCUAUAAAGCAUAGAAUCCAUUUUAGUUUGAAAAAAUGUGUUUUUAUAGCCGUUGGUAUUUGGUUGUUUUCGGUAACCGUACCUUUUAUCUACUUCAAGGUUGGUUUCGUUGAAUACUUGCUAAUAUAUGCAAACACGUGCGUUCUAUUGGCUUUCAUUUUUAUGUGUUUGACAUACGUUAAGGUUUAUAAAUUCUUACGACAAAAAACCACAGAGCUCCGUCUUCUGAUGACGACAGAAGAAUCAUCGGACGAAAAAUUCCGUCUUAAAAGAUUACUAAUGGAGAAGAAGGUUACGAGAGCUUUCCUGGUGAUUCUCGUAUUGUUUAUAUGCACAUACUUGCCGGCUUCUAUUAUGAUAUACAUUAUCUAUUUUUGUCAGCACUGCGAUUGCACGUUCAUUCAUAUCCUGAGAGAUCUGGAAAUAGUUUUUAUUUUGUCCAAUAGCUGCAUGAAUCCCUUCGUAUGUACAAUACGAUUGGUUAAUUUUAAAAAAUCAAUUAAAGCAUUGUUUUCGUCUGAAGUGAAUGAAACACCUUGUUCAAACAAAACUUAAAUUGUAAUAUCACAUGAAGAGCGUUUUUAUCUGGAAAUUGGUAAAAAAAAUUGGAAUAAUUGUAAAUUUAUUUUUAAAGCCGUAUUGAAAAUUCUUUCAUAAUUUGCGAUUACCAACUCAUAAAAAAUUGACCACAAACAAACUUACUUUAUACCGCUGUCUGAGUAGGCCUACCUUUUACAAUUUUUUUUCACAGGCUUACUUUCAUUAGAGUUUAUUCCAAAUUGUUUAAUUGUUUCUUUUCGUUCGAGAGGCUUACCAUUACAUAAAAUUCCGUAUGUAUUUUCUAGCUUGUGUUUAUUGGUCAUUUGUGAUGUGCCAAAAAGUAUACUGUAUGUUUUAGUUGGAUUUAAUGUAAGGUUCCAUUUUGUGACCAAGUUACUCAUGACAUUGAGAUCAUGAGAUCAGUUUCAGAGAUAUCACUGACAUAACUCUAUCUUCGUAUGGUAAAGUAUGAUUCUGUAAAAUGGUAGACAUGUCAAGUACAUAGAGGUUAUUAGGUCUGGACCUAUUAUACUGCCCUGGUGGCACUCCAAAGAAGAUCGACUUGGGCGUUGAUUAUACUAUCACCAAUUCGAGCGUACUGUGUGCGUUCAGGAAGAUAACUUUGAAUGACACGAAGAAAUUUGUUGGAUAGAUCAAAGUUUUUUAAAAAGAUUUGGAUAGUUGACUUCAUCAAAAGCUUUGUAAUAAUCGGUAAUAAAGCCUAAUUUACCUUUACACAUUUCUUCAACAAUGUCAUCUUUGAAUGCAAAUAACAAUGUAGUACAUGAAUGUUCCUUUUGGACACCUGAUUGUGAGGUUGUAUAUAAAAAAGCAUUUUCUUAAAUAAACUUGAUCAAUUGAGUUAACGAAAUAAGUUCAUAAACCUUUGACAACGAGAGUAAUGUAAAUGUUGGACGAAUGUUUGGUAGUUUAUAGGAUUAUCUACUUUCGGAAUAGGGUCACUCUCGCCUUUUAAUUGUCGGGAAAACAUUUAUUUAUAACCUUUUUUAAAUUUUAAUUACAAUAUACGUAAUCUGAAAGUGGCGAUAGUCGUAAACAUCUAUACUAGUACUCGGUAAUAAAAACGAAAUCAUUCCAUUCUGAUAGUUGGUGCUCAGCCUUAAUUAGCAAUUCACUUUUUUCACUAUCCACAUAACUCAAUUGAUAGAAUGUCCCCAGAAGUCACGAAGCAUGUUGUUUUGUCAGAUGUCUCAAAAUCUCAAUAUGACUAAUAUGUUUUCUAACUUUGUACUCGAGUGUCUUCUUUGAUGUAACAUCCAACUCCACCACAUCAGGACUGUCAUUUUUUAUAUUAAAAACUUUAACCUUGAACUUGAGCGUAGUUUAUUUGCUGUUUAAUGUUCUUUAACCAUGCUUCGAAAGUAGUAACAAAAAAAAUUUAUACCGUUUAACAAAAAACACGCAAUGUGUGUGUCCUGUUUGACGUGUUCUUUUCGAUUGCGACAAAUAAUUUUUUUUUUGUAAAACACGACCCCCCUGGCUUCACGUGACAAGACGAGAUUGGUUAAAAACAUUCGAAAUAAUCUAUUAUCGAAUCAUCGUUAAGAUUUUUAUCAUUAAAAAUGUUAACGACUAAAAGAUUUUUUUUAGAGGCAGGUAGCGUAUGUUCUCGCGAAGUCAUUUUACUGCAAGAAAACCUCCUUAUUUUAAAUCAUUUUCGCGACGUUCCAGUCUUGUGUGCAUGAAAUUAUUAACAUCUAAAGCACACGUUAAAAUUACAAAAAUAUUCAACUCAAAUAAUUACAACCGACAAAAAAUGUACAGAAUUACAGAUUUCUGAUAAAAAAAACCAGAAGUAUUCUUCUUCGUGUUUACGUUUUGUUCAUAUGACAUUCGAAUCAUUUAAGACCCCCUCGCACAUGUAGAUAUGAAACUUUCGAAUAAGCUAAGACUCUGUUUACGUUUACAGCGAGCCAAAACAAUGCAAAAAACUGCUUGUUUCAUAUAAAGUUAUAGAUACAGUUGCGAUGUUCGCGAUAUAGAUGGGAAAUACCCGAAGAGACCAAAAAAACGUUCGAGUUAAGGAGAUAUUCGGGUUAUAGGGGCUCGAGAGUUUAUUAGGAAAUUCCUACCGUGCCAUCGAAAUCGUUCGAGUUAAGGAGAGAUUCGAGUUACAGGGGUUUAGGUUAUAGAGAGUCCACUGUAUAUGUUUCUCAUCAUUUUAAGGUUGAGAGAUCAUUAGAACACAGAUGUUAAAUAACACUGAGUUGUACCUUUAUUUUUUUAUCAAUGU